UUCAAUCGCAUCUAGGGCUACCUGCAAAUGGGGAAGACGUUCCGGAAGCGUGUGGCGUCGGACGAGGAGGAUGACGAGGAGGAGCGCCGGCUCGCUUUGGAGGAGGUGAAGCUUCUGCAAAAGCAGCGGGGGCGGCGGUGUGGCGUGAUGGCCAAUCCGGUGGCUGCGUCGCCGGGGUUGGACAGGGUCAAGAGCUCGGACAAGGUGGAAGUGGAGGGCGAGAAGGAGGAGCUUGUGCUCCAGGACACCUUCGCCCAGGAGACCGCUGUCAAUGUGGAAGACCCCAACAUGCUCAAAUAUGUGGAGCAGGAGCUUGCAAAGAAGAGAGGGAGGCAAGAGUCUGGAGGCACAGUGGACGCGGACAAGCCUGCCGAGGACGACUUAUACGUUAUUCCUGACCACCUCAAGGUGCGAAAGAGGAACUCUGAAGAAAGCUCCACGCAAUGGACGACCGGUAUAGCGGAGGUGCAGCUCCCUCUCGAAUACAAGCUGAGGAAUAUAGAGGAAACCGAGGCAGCAAAGAAGCAGCUUCAAGAUAAGCGCCCCCUGGUUGGCAGAACAAGGCCCCAGUCCAGUAUUCCUGCCAGUUACAGCGCCGAUUACUUCCAACGUGGUCGUGAGUAUGCGGAAAGGCUGCGGAGAGAUCAUCCCGAGCUGUACAAGGACAAGGACGCUGCUGUUUCUUCUCAAGACAAUACGCAAGCAACUAGUGGUCCCGAUGGUGCACCCGAAGGUCGCACCAGGAGGCAGGCAGCGACGGAUGAGAUCAUGCUGGAACGCUUUCGAAAGCGAGAAAGGAGCCGCCUCAUGCGGCGGUAGCGCAAGGUAGUGGCAUACCUUUCGCUAUCUCUGUGUAAAUUUAUGUAACACUCGGAUUCUUCCAGCUUGAUGGAAGGGUGCGCCAGGCAAGGUUCAUGUACUUGAAUGCAAAACUCUGUCGUGGUUGACUUUAAA